AUGGCAGUCACCGUCAUCAUCGCCACCUACACAGCUAACCUGGCAGCCUUCUUAACUGUGGCACGUAUGAGCAGUGGUAUAAAUUCAGUUGAGGAUCUGGCGAAUCAGAAGAAAAUACCGUACGGAACGGUCAGCAACAGCCAACCAGAGUCCUUCUUCGAGUUUUCCAAGAUCGAGCACUUCGCGCGGAUGUACGACUUCAUGACGUCACGGAACACCUUCGUGGAGACGUCCGAAGAAGGCAUCCAGAGGGUCCACGACCCAAACGACGACUAUGCCUUCAUCUGGGACUCUGCCGUUCUGGACUACGAGGCAGAACAGGAGCCGUGUGAGAUCAUGACUGUUGGGAGACUGUUCGGGAAGAUCGGGUACGGGUUCGGCCUCCCCAUGCAGUCACUGUACACGGAGAGGUUCUCCCUGGAGAUCAUGAAGCUAAGGAAGUCAGGAGAGAUUGACAAACUGAAAAGGAAGUGGUACGAUGGACCAUGCAAGCAUCAGAUUUCCGGAGCCGUGACCACUGCUGCUGGCAACACGCUAGACUUCAAGUCCAUGGCUGGCGUGUUCUACUGUCUGUUCGGGGGAGUUACGUUCGGGUGUGUGGUUGUCGUGUUUGAGUGGUGCGUGGCGGCACACAAGGAGGUUCACCCCCAUAAACCAGAGAGACCUCGGUCUUUCUGCGAAGCUCUGCGGAACAGGAUGGGGCGGAUGUCGCAGGACAUUCGCGAGAACUGGUACCCCUGGAAGUACUGCUGCCGGCGGAAGGACCGCGCCGAAGUCAUCAUUUACGACAAACCGGGAAUACAAAAGGAGAUCACCCUCAGCAGCCUUCUCAGUAACGGUACCCUGAACAGAACGACCGGGGUCGUAAGAACAGAGGACCCGUGCAUCGACUUAUACCAGCAAAACAUCAAUAGGCCCUCCCUGCGCAGGUCGAGAGCGACUUACGAGAGUUCGAUAGAGGAACCUCCAGAACAAACAACAACCGACUCCUGUGAAAAAAGACGACGUCUUCUGAACAUGGUUCUUCGUUCAAAUUCUUCAGAAUGA